AAUAAAAAAAAAAUGACGUUUUAACUCUUAUCUAAUUAGUCAUUUUUAUUUCUUAGGCAGCAAAUGCAUCAGAAGUAUGGUUUAUAACUAAUGGUAUUGAUGCUGGUGUUCCACAACUAAUUGGAACAGCUUUUAGAGAAGAAAUUGCAUUACGACGAGCUGAUGAUGCAUGGGCUAUACAAAUGGGUCGUCCACCUAAAAAACGUAAAACACUUGUUUUAAUUGGAAUUGUGUGUGAUGAUGAAAUAAAAGAUAUUAUUGAUCUUAAAACAACAAAAGAUAAAUUUAAAAUGGAAGUUAAAGUUCCAGCACGUAAACGUGAUCAAUUAUCAUUAAAUAGUGAUCAUACACAUUUUAUUAUUAUUCGUGAAAAUCCAAUUGGUUUAAGUUCAACUAAUAAUCCUGCAAGAAAAUCUAUUUUAGUUGAUAGUGGAGAAAAACAAUUAGAAAAAUUAACUGAUUCAGCUGAAAGUGCAACAAAUAAAUUUCGAGAUAGAUUCGAAGAUUUUUUACAUCAAGAAACAUUACAACAAUCUACAAAUGAUCAACCAUCAAUAGAUAUAUUAUCAACGUCACCAUUAAUAUCUCGAAAAAGUAAUCCAUGGAGUGAAGAUGGUUUUCCAAUGGUAUGUACAUUAGUUCGUGGUACACCGGGAACGAUUGAACUUUUAUAUCAAAAAAUUCAACAAGAAGUUCCUGCUGUUAUUCUUAAAGGAACUGGAUCUGCUGCUGAUAUAAUUGCCUUUGCUUACGAAGAAAUAAGUGCUAAAAAUGAUAAAGAAUAUGAAGAUAGUUAUUUGAAAGUUGAAUUAUCCCGACGUUUACUUGAUGAAUAUCCUGCAUUAAAAGAUAAUAAUGUAAAACGAAAUGAAAUUCGUGAUCAUAUUAUAGCAAUUGUUAAAAAAGCUGAUCAAGGAAAACGAAAAUUUUUAACAUUUGUUGAUGUUAAUAGUACAACAGCAUCAUUAAAUGAUUUUCAUAAGUUUAUUCUUUCCGCUCUUUUACAAUCACAAAAAACUGUAACAGGAAAUAAAGUUAAUGUACAAUUAAAACGAAAUCUUUUAUUAACACUCGAUUGGAAUUUACCAGAUUUAGCUUUAUCCGAGAUAUUUCAACGUGAUGAUGAUAUGAAACAUUCAAUACAAGCAGAUUUAUUUGAUAAAGCUGUACUUGGAAAAAAACUUGAACCAUUUGUUGAUUUAUUUCUUGAUAGAGAAUUUGCAUUGCAUCGAUAUUUAAAAUCAGAUAAGCUAGUUGCGUUAUUUAAUCUAGCAAAAGAUCGUGAAUUUUUAACAACAACAUCACUCGAAGGAAUUCUUGGUUUAAGUGGAGAUGAAGAUGAAAUGCCAAAAGAUUUUGUUGAACAUGGUCUUAAUAUAAUUGUUAAACGUUUAACGGGUAUUAGUCAUUUUUUUAGUAAACAUGAAAUGGAUUGUAAUGCAAUGGGAAUUUAUUUUGGUGAUAAAACAGAUAAAGGUGUUCAACGACAAAGAAUACGAGCAGAAAAAAAGGCUCUUCGACAUUUAAUUAUUUAUGCUGUACUAAUGAAUCGACCUCAAUUAGCUAAAAUUCUUUGGAAGCGUUCAUCAGAACCAAUUCCAUUAGCAUUAAUAUGUUGUAUGAUGUUUAAAAAAUUAGCACCUUAUUGUCAUGAAUCAUAUCAAAGAUUAUUAAUUGAAAAACAAGCAAAAGAAUUUUCUGAUUGUGCUGUUGGUGUUCUUGAUAAAGCGUUCAAUGAAGAUAAUAUGAGAACAUUUGAAAUGCUUGAUGAGAAACAUCCAGAUUGGAAUCAUAUGGCAACAGUUGAAUUAGCUUAUAAUGCAGAAAAUAAAGAAUUUAUGGCACAUGCUGCAUGUCAAAAAUGGGUUACUAGACAAUUUUAUGGUGAAAUUACUCCAAGAGAAUUAUCAUGGGGAUUAUUUAAAUGUCCAGAUUAUCUUAAAAUCAUUUGUAGUGCUAUUCUUAUAUUUCCAAUGUGGUUUUGGAUAAAUUUUUCUCCUAUCGGUCAAGCACCAGCACCGCCACAAAGAAAACCACCUGAUACACAAGACGGAAAAAGUAUAAGUACACAACCUGAAAAAUCACUUGAUGAAGGAAAAAAAUUAAGUGAAUUCGUUGGUGAAGGAAGCGUUCGUAGAGCAAGCGUUCGUGAAAGACCAAGUAUAUUUCGACGAUUGAGAUCUUCCAUACGCAAUCCAUUUAAAAAAAAACAGAAGAGUGAACUUAAUCUAUCAAUACCCAAAGAAAAACCAAUGAGCCAUUGGGAAGAAAUUCGAGUUUUAUGGACAGCACCAAUAACAAAAUUUUAUACAAAUUUUGUUGCUUAUAUUGCUUUUCUAUCAUUUUUCACAUUGGCGGUUAUGUGGCCAACAUGUGGAAAUUUAUUACUUGAUUGUUUUGUUUGGUUUUGGACAGCAUCAAUUGCGUUUGAAAAUACACGUGUUGCUUAUGAAAAAUAUUGUUCACAAAGUAGUUUACCAUUACAACGUGCAGUAUUAGAAGUUAUUGUACAAACAAUAUUUCUUUCACUUUAUCUUAGUGUUCGAAUUAUUGGUUUAUGGAAUUUUGGAACUUGUCAAGUUUUAACGGCUAAAGCUAUAUUAGGCAUUGGACUGAUUUAUUAUUAUUAUCGAAUAUUAUUUAUUUUCUUACCAAUUAGUCCUAAACUUGGGCCGAUGAUGAUUCGUCUUCGUUGUAUGAUUAUGGAUGAUUUUUUUACAUUUUUACAAUUAUUUGUUAUAUUUAUGAUAUCAUCUGGUGUUGCUAUAACUGCAGUACUCUAUCCCCAUUAUCCAUUGGGGAUAGAUUUAUUUACAAAAGCUUUUGUAUUUCGUGGUUUAAUGGCAUUAUUUAGUAGUGAAAUGUCUGACUUAAAAAAUCAACAUCAACCAUGUUCAAUCAAUGCAACCAGUCAAACAGAAACUGAAUACGCUUGUCUUCGUUUAUCACAUGGAUUAUCAUUUAAAUAUGAUAAUCUUCAUGCAUAUAAUAAAUAUGGAAUAUCAUCACCACGAUGUAAUCAAACAUCAUGGAUAGCAUGGUUUUUACUUAUACAAUAUUUCUUUUUGGCUAAACGUUUUUUAACAUCAUUGUUAACAGCUAUGUUUGGUUUAACAGGAGCAAGAGUACAAAGUCAAUCGGAACAAAUUUGGAUGUAUAAUCGAUAUGAAAUUGUUAUGGAAUAUGCCAAACGACCUCGACUACCACCGCCAUUUGUUGUUAUUUCUUAUAUCGGAAUGUUAAUAUCAAAUGGUAGUCGGCAAUGUGUCCUUAGAUUACAAGACUUUUCAGAUAGAAAACGACGUGGAUCCCAACAAAGUGGAAAAGCUUUACCAGCAAUAAGCAGUGUUAAUCUAGGAGAGGAUCUAAGUAAUCCUGCAUUAAAGAUUAAUGUUGACUUUAGUCCAAAUCAAUCAAUAAGAACAACAGCUCCAGAUCGUACAUUCCUUGGAAGUUUACUCAAUUGUAAACCAUGUAAAAAAGUUACAGAUAAACAUAAAGCAAAAAUUGAAGAAGCAAAACGUAGUUGGGAAGAUAGCGAAGCAAAUCUUUAUUGGAAAUAUAAAGCUGUUGAAUUCUAUGCUAAAACUCAAGAAGCUGAUAAAGUACAAGAAAAACUUGAUAAUUUAUCGAAUUGUGUAACAAAUGUACAAAAAGAUAUGGAUGUACAACGAAAAUCAUUAAGACAAAUCAAUGAUCGUGUUGUUACAUUAGAAAAAAUAAUGAUUGAUUCACAUAUAUUACUUGAAAAAAUUCGUGCAACUAUUCAACAAGACGAUAAAUCAUUACCUGAAAGUCAAAAAUUUGUACACAUCUUAUCACGAGAAUCACCAUAUAUUUGUACAAAUGAACCACGAUUUCCUGUUACAGAAAAAUAUAUUCCUUGGAAGGUUCCAUUUGAUUUAUAUGAUCCAACUAUAAUAACAUUACCAAAAGAACAUAAUUGCUUUCGUGAUGAUGAACGACCAUUUGUUGAACCAAAUGUAUUGAAAGUAAAUUCAAAUGAUGAUCAACCUCAACAUGAAGUUGAUACAUAUGUUACACCAAUAACUCCGACAUGUCAACCAGGAACAUUCGGAGCUAUUGAAACAACAAUGGCAGAAGUAUCAAGUGAUUUUAUAGUUCCACCAUCGGGAUAUAAAUGGAAUCAAAUUGUUGAAUUACAGUUACCUGACGGAAAAAAGAUGAUUGUUGAUCGUACAACUUGGGUAACAAAUCCUGCAGACAAAACACCCACUAUCUAUCGAUUAGAUACUCAAUUAUUAAUACCAUUGAGUCCAAUGGGUCGUACAGGUGUUCGUGGACGGGGUGCAUUGAUUCGUUGGGGUCCAAAUAAAUCUAUAAUGGCAAUAAUAACUCGAUGGAAAAAGCAUCGAGGACAAUUUGCUAUUGUUGAUGGACAACGAAUAUUAGAAGCAAUGGUAUUUAAAGAUAAAUUAACGAAUGAUUGGAAAUUACCAGGAGGAAAAAUUCUAGGCGUUGAAUCGCCAUAUGGAGCUGUUUGUCGUAGUUUUAAUAAACUUGCUUUUCAAGAUGAUGAUUCCGAACAUAGUUUAUCUCUUCAAGAAAAAGAUAUGAUCGAACAUUUCGAAUCAUUUGCUCGUUCAACAGACGGUACAAAUGGACCAACUAAUUUCGAAGCUCAUAUGGUUUAUCGAGGAUAUAUUGAUGAUUUACGAAAUACAGAUAAUGCUUGGGUAGAAGCAGAGAUAUGGAAUUUUCAUUAUGGCUCAACAAUGUCAUUUCCAAAUUUACGCACAGAUGGUAUGGCUUUUUGGAAAGAUGUUACAUAUAAUUCUCGAGGUUUUCUUAUGCAAACACCAAUAUUACGUGAAACAGCUCGAAUCCAUGAUGCUUAUUUUGAGUGA